AUGCGUGUCAAAAAGCCGACCUCAAAGAGAACCACCACCCGCAUGCGGGAAGGUAUCAAGAAGAAGGCUGCUGCGCAGAGAAGAAAGGAGAGGAAGCAGGCAAAGAAGGAUCCUACAUGGAAAUCGAGACAUAAAAAAGACCUGGGGAUCCCUGCUAGCUUCCCAUACAAAGACCAAAUUAUCACUCACAUUGAAACUACAAAGAGAAUUGAGCAGGAAGAAAGAGAAAAGCAGAAACUUCUGAAGAAGACCGAGACUACGCACGACGAGGAAAUGAUGAGCGAGGACGACGAGGAGCAGGAAGAUGGAGGCAACCAUCUGGCCGCGCUGCUGGAAUCCGCCGAAAAAGCUGCCGAGGAGUUUUCUGGACAAGGGGACGCAGAGCCAAUGGAAGAGGAAGAGCUUGAGGUGAACGAGUACGAGAUCACGCUGAGUGACGACGAGGAGUACACAAGCCAGCAGGAGAAGUCCAGAAAACAAUUUGACAAAAUCUUCAAGUCUGUGGUUGAGGCGUCGGACGUAGUGUUGUAUGUCUUGGAUGCACGGGAUCCAGAGGGAACGCGUUCGCGAAAAGUGGAGGAGGCGGUGCUACAAAAUUCAGGAAAGAGGCUGAUAUUUGUGGUGAACAAGGUCGACCUGAUCCCAGACGACAACUUGAAGUCCUGGCUGGAUUAUCUGAAACAGUCUUUCCCUACUAUUCCGCUCAAGGCAAGCAGCACCGCCACGAACGCCCAAUCGUUUAACCGCAAGCUGACGCAAGCGGCCUCUGCCUCGACUCUUUUGCAGGCCCUGAAAUCGUACUCGCAAAAAUCGAACCUGAAAAGAGCCGUUGUGGUGGGCGUGAUUGGCUACCCUAACGUUGGAAAAUCGUCCGUGAUAAAUGCGUUGACGUCCAGACACGGCGGGUCGUCGUCUGUGUGUCCCGUUGGAAACCAGGCGGGAGUGACAACCUCGCUCAGAGAGGUGAAGAUCGAUAAUAAGCUCAAGAUCCUCGAUUCUCCGGGAAUCGUGUUCCCAGACUCGAAGAAGAAGAGCAAGGUGCAGCAGGAGGCCGAGCUGAUUCUUCUCAAUGCCAUUCCUCCACGGCAGAUCACCGACCCAGUGCCUGCAGUGACGCUGUUGCUCAAGAGGCUGGCCAAGAACUCGCAGAUGGCUGAAAGUUUCAAGAAUCUGUACCAACUGCCUCCUCUGCCGUCGCACGACCUGGACGAGUUCACGAAACAGGUGCUCAUCCAUGUGGCGAGAAAACAGGGCCGUCUGGGCAAGUUUGGUGUGCCGAACUUACAUGCUGCCGGACUGACCAUUCUGAACGACUGGAGAGACGGCAAAAUCAUCGGCUGGACUGUUCCAAAGCCUCGCGAGGAAGCCAAGAACAUCAGCAGCGUCAGCCGUCUCUCUGCUCCGGCCAAGGUGGAGCAGACUACAAUUGUCAAGGAAUGGACCAAGGAGUUUGACCUGGACACGUUGUUCGCGGAGGUUGGAGUUUGA